AUAAUGCCUACAUCGCCGCCGGGGACUCCAAAUGGUGACCCGCGAGCCUCAUCUUCUACGCCAAAACUAACAGCGCUGGCAGGGUCUCCUCAUAUCACAGCAACUUUGCCGCCCAGACAACCAACAGCUCCUAACUAUAUCAGAGAGCAUGCAUUCAAAGAUGAAUCUCACUUGAUGGGAGGAUCUCCGCACAGAUCAAAUUCUGGGAGCCGGCCUGCUUCAUCACACUCAGGCUCAUCGCAAGGAAGAUCGUUAAAUCGUAUACUUAGUGGCGGCCACAGCCGACGACAGUCUGCGUUUGCCAAUUUCAGUACAAUGAGUGAAACAUCGUUGCCCUGGACAACGAAAGAUAUCGGUUUCAAUGCAAUCUCGGGUGUAUUAAACGAUCCUGGCAAACGAAGUGUUCAACCGCCAAAAGCAAGAAAAGCUGAGAUUCCACCUGUAUCGCACGCGUCCAUACCCAAGGUCAAAAGCUCCGAUUUUGAUUCCUAUAUAAACUACAUAUCCAACGUGUACCAACGUUACCAUCAGAACAAGACGCAAGGUACCGAGGGAACGCCUAAUAUUUCAUCAACCGAUACUCAAUUCAGCACUCUUCCACCAUUGUUAGAGGAUGGUCACGACAAAAGCAACGAAUCCAUUCCUGGAAUUGGCCGUAAUCCGUAUGGUAUACCCAACAUUAUGUCCCUUGAGAACCUGGAUGACCUGGAGCUUUCGCCAAACCUUCAGUCACAGGAAUACGACAUGCCCAUGCUUGAAAAUGUUCCAUCCAUCUUCUUUGAGCCAAAUUUUCAGUUGGAAAAUCCUCGAACUUUUGACGCGGUCUGUGAAGGAGCGGAUAUCGUAGGGCAUAGUGGACCUAAUCCACCUACAAGCACAAACAGCAUCUUACAAGAAAAGCUGUCUCAUUACCUAGAUACGGUCGAAGUUCAUUUGAUUCAAGAAAUAUCCAAACGAUCUGCCCAAUUUUUCGAAGCCCUUUCAAACUUACAAGCAUUGCAUCAAGAAACGUUGGAUUGUGUAUCACAGAUCCAUUCUAUUCGGCAGAACAUGAAGGAAACUCAGCAGCAGCAAUGUGAAUCGGGGUUGAAGGUGGUAUCCUUACAGCGUCGUCGAACAAACAUUGGAUUAUUAUAUAAUGGCAUUCAGAUGGUCAAGGAAAUACGAUCAUCCCAACCAAUGAUUCAAAUAUUGUUAAAUCAAGGAGACUUCUUUGCGGCAUUGGAUUUGAUUGAUGAUGCAAAAUCAAAGCUGUCUGGGAGCGACUCCACUGAUUACGAAGAUGAUGGUGAAGAUGCUUCCGCCAAGCAGGACACAACAGUAGUACGGCGACCUCAAAUUGGAAAUUCGAAAUUAGUACCAAAGCUGGAUAUGCAGGCUGUUCGAGCUUUGUUGAAUUUUUCUUCCCAACUAGACGAAAUGUAUAUUGCUGUGGGAAAUAUCAUGGAACACGACUUCAUUAACAGCCUUGUUAGCGACUUCACCAUGUAUAUAGAUGGGUUGGACAUGGAUGCAGCAUCGCAAGGAAUUCUCGUUUCUGUUCUCACUUCCGCAACAUCCAGAACAUAUGGGUCAGUUCGCUCACCAUCAAUGCUGGAGACCACCCGUUCAAAAGACUUUGAUUUGUUGAAAGAUCGUAUCGCUCCUGCUACAAUGGGAUUAGUACGAUCGAAACAAGUGAAGAGGUCUCUACAUAUAUACCGGGAGCGACUAUUGAGCGAGCUGAAAGCCAGUAUUACGAAGCAAUACCCUCUGCCAUUUGCGGAUGCAUCUGAAGCUAAUGAACAAGAUAUAGGCACCGCGAAAGAAAGCAGCGGAUUGUCUAAGCAACUUAAAUCCAUGCCAUUCGAUAAUUUCUUCAAGACUUUGAUUGCCAUAUACGCUGUCAUCAUAGCGGCGAUUGAGAGGUCCAUUGGCUAUCAUUCGAUAUUGAAAGAACUGUUUGACGAUGCCCAAUCACGACAUCUGUUUCAUGACUAUGAUCCACACUCAUAUACCAGUCCUACGCAAAACCAAAUGUCCUCUCCACCGCAUGAGAAAAGCCAUGGAGUUGUUGUGAAUGACUUGAUCCAAGAUUCAAACUCUACCAUCUUCGCCGUUGCAGAUAUGGGGCAUGUCCGUUGUGCAAAACUUGUUGGCGCGCGCGCCGAUCAAAAUGCUCAACUCAAUCCAACCGAUUUUUACCGAUUCUUUGACGCUACCUGGGCAUUCAUCAACAGUAGCGAGAAAAUGUGUGGUCGGACGAGCUUUGGUCUUCGAGGGGCUAUUAUUUCGCAGACAAAGGCAUUCAUCAAUAAUUUCCACAUGGAACGGACAAAGCAGGAAGCGCUUCUUAUCGAGAACGAGCAAUGGAGUUCCACCGAAGUGCCACAAGACUUCCAAGAUAUCAUUGGACGGAUAAGUGCUGUGGCAGGCGCAAAGGAUCUUGACAAAAAGUUCAUGACGGAGACUUUCUUUCCUGCUGCUGACAGCAAUACUGGACAGUCUUCCGGAGCCGUCAAAAACCAAUCCGAGCCUACCAAGUUCCUUCACAUUGGUGACCAAAGCUAUUUUGUUGUUGGAUGUAGCUUGCUCAUCAUCAAGAUGAUGGAAGAUUAUAUCAAGUGUAUGAUCAGAUUAGACGGCAUGACAGUCGAUAUAAUGCAAAAGAUGAUAGAACUGCUCAAGCUAUUCAACUCAAGAGUCUGUCAAGUCAUUCUCGGUGCCGGUGCGAUGCGUUCAGCUGGACUCAAAAAUAUAUCGGCAAGGCAUCUUGCCUUGGCGUCACAAUCGGUCGGUAUCAUGAUAACGUUAAUACCUCUGUUGAAAGAAUGUGUACGACGAUGCAUAGCCGAGAAACAAGUCGUCUUAUUAUCUGAAUUCGAUCGAAUGCUCAAGGAUUACCAAAAUCACCAAGGAGAAAUCCAUGCUAAACUUAUCGCUAUUAUGAACGAAAGAUUCGAUGUGCAUAUGAAGUCUAUGCAGACAAUGAAUUGGGAUGCACCGAACAGAAAUGCCAAAUCCCCUAGUGCAUACAUGGAAACAUUAGUAAAAGAAACCACUACGCUACACAAAGUUCUGAACAAAUAUCUUCCACCUCAUGACUUGAAGUUUGUCAUGGAUCAAGUCUUUUCAUCCUUUGCUAAUCAAUUAGCACAAGAAUACAGCAGAUUGACUGUAACAACGGCGGCUGGAAAGGAAAGGGUCAUUGGUGAUGCUCAGUACUUUAUCGAUAAAUUAUCAGCUCUGGAGCAUACUCAAGCGCCCUCAUCAUCCAUCGCCGAAGCAGCGCAGCAACUAACGCUGGCUACUCCCCCGAAGAAUACUCCAAAGUUGGACGCUUCAUGAUUAUAUUCCCCAUACCAACACUGAUACGCUUAAGAACAUAGCUUCUGCUUUAUCAUUUCCCAGUCUUUCACUUUACAAGAGUUUGAGGAUAUUAAUCUUCGCUAUGAAUGUACAUUUUGCAGUAUCUAGAAUUUAACCCUUAACAUGAGUGACCCACCACCAUAUAGAAAAUAAUCAUAUUCAUCAAAACAGACAUCAUGCAAAUUGGAGAACUCCAAUCUACUUACUGAGCAAUACCUUCAUGAUUCAAUUUAUACAACAACUUUGUAAUCGCACGAGAAAAUGA